AGUAUUUAAAAAUAGGUAUUUCUUUAAUACUAUCACAUAUUAAAACUUUGUUGCUUUCUCAAUGUGGUAUAAAAUUAUAAUGACAUUUAGUACAUUUUCCUUCUACUAAGUGAAAAAAAGAAAUGUUAUAAAGUUGGAUUUCUGAUAUCUUUUUAAAAUAAGGUUUUUUUUCCUUUUGUUUAGGACUGCAGCAUUCAAGAAAAAAUUGACUUAGAAAUUCGAAUGCGAGAAGGAAUAUGGAAACUCCUUUCUUUGAGCACUCAGAAAGACCAGGUUUUGCAUGCAGUUAAGAAUCUCAUGGUGUGCAAUGCUCGAAUACUGGCUUACACAUCAGAGCUACAGAAAUUAGAAGAGCAGAUUGCAAAUCGAACUGGAAGAUGCAGUGUAAGUUUUGAAAGUAAAGAACGAACAGCAUGUAAAGGGAAGAUUGCCAUAUCAGAUAUUCGAAUACCACUAAUGUGGAAGGACUCUGAUCACUUCAGCAAUAAAGAACGAUCACAGCGCUAUGCCAUUUUUUGUUUAUUCAAAAUGGGAGCUGAAGUUUUUGACACUGACUUGAUGGUUGUGGAUAAAACAAUCACAGAUAUAUGUUUUGAAAAUGUAACCAUAUUUAAUGAAGCUGGGCCAGACUUUCAAAUAAAGGUAGAAGUAUAUAGUUGCUGUACAGAAGAAUCUUCUAUAACCAACACACCGAAAAAGCUAGCUAAGAAACUUAAGACAUCUAUAAGUAAAGCUACGGGAAAGAAAAUAAAUUCAGUGCUUCAAGAAGAUGAUCAUGAAACAAACUUGUUCUUCAGUUCAGCUAUUUUUGGUGUAAAGUAUAAUUUGCUAGCUCAUACUACUCUGACCUUGGAAAGUACUGAGGAUAGCUUCAAGACGCAUAAUCUGUCUAUUAAUGGAAAUGGUAAGUACAUUUUGUACAUUAUAUGUUUUACUUAUUACAUAUAUUAUGCAUAUACAUAUGUGGUGUCAGUAAUUUCUAAUUUUAAUAUGUUCCCCGAAACUAGAAUUCGGGCAAUGGAUAAGGAUGCCAAGAAAAGAAUCCAUAAUUUCUCUGUCAUCAACCCUGGUGCUGGACAGGCUAUAACUCAGAUUUUCUCAGCUGACAAUAGAGAGGAUCUUCAGAAGUGGAUGGAAGCCUUCUGGCAGCAUUUCUUUGAUCUUUGCCAAUGGAAGCACUGUUGUGAAGAACUUAUGAAAAUUGAGAUUAUAUCACCACGGAAACCGCCUUUGUUCUUGACAAAAGAGGCGACCUCAGUCUACCAUGAUAUGAGCAUUGAUUCUCCUAUGAAACUUGAAAGUUUAACUGAUAUAAUACAAAAGAAAAUUGAAGAGACAAAUGGACAGUUCCUUAUUGGUCAGCAUGAAGAAUCCUCACCACCUCCAUGGGCCUCACUCUUCGAUGGAAAUCAUCAAAUGGUCAUUCAGAAAAAAGUAUUAUCUCCUACAAGUGAGCAGUUAUUUGAUGGGAAAGGGAAAAAGAGACGAGCUCCCCUUCCUCCUUCUGAUAAACCUCCAUUCAGCUUAAAAACACAAUCUGGCACAGAUCAAUUGGUUAAGGACAAGUGGGAAAAAACUAGUGUAUCUCAGACCUCACCUUUGGAUGCCAAAUUAUCAACCCUAAUGCAUCAUCUGCAGAAACCAAUGGCUGCUCCUCGAAAACUUCUUCCUGCCAGGAAAAAUAGUUUAACUGACGGUGAACACACAGACACGACAACCAAUUCUGAAGCCAAGCCAGUGCCAGCUCCAAGGCAGAAAUCCAUCAGAGACAUUUUGGACCCUAGAUCAUGGUUGCAGGCACAAGUAUAGAAAGCUCUUAAUAUAUAAAACAUUUAUCAAAAUCUGUAACUGUGAGGCUUAAUUCAGAGGCAUUACAGAUGUAAUGACAUGUAAUUAUGUAGGUAAAUGUGACAGUGAUUUACAUCAAUAAUAAAUAAGCUGUUAGUUAUAGAAAAAAUAUAAGUGAUUUCCCC